AUGCGAAAAAAUGAUAAUCAAAGAAUUCUUGAGGAAUUAUUAGCUAUUUCUUUUUAUGAUGUUAAAUUACCUGAUGAAAUACUAUUUGACCAGACGACCUAUUUGAGUUUCAUGCAUUUAAAUGAACUGAGGAACUUAAAGAUCAAACCAUUAUCAAGUUGUAGAAUUAAAUUUCUUCUUUGCAGUUUGCAGCAUACCAUUUAUUGGGUAUUGACGGAGAUCAUGCACUCACAAGAAUAUGUUCAUAAGAAAUGCGAAUGCAAGUGGAACGUUCCUGAUUUGAAUAUCUAG